AUGUCAGCUCAAACACCCAAUGCCAGCAGUGUGUCACAGAAGCAGCAGCAGCAGGAGCCGAAGCAGCAGCAGCAGGAGCCGAAGCAGCAGCAGCAGGAGCCGAAGCAGCAGCAGCAGCAGGAGCAGAACCAGCAGAACCAGCCUCAUCAAAGCAUGCGGCCCGUCGUCUUCAUCCCCUUGUACAUCUACCCCUUCCAGACGGCCUGGGAGCCUCUGGUCCGGUCAGCCAUCGCGCACCCGUCGCUGACCUUCGUGACCGUCGUCAACCCCAACAACGGUCCAGGCCCCGACCCGCGGCCCGACGCCAACUACGUCGCCGCGCUGCACCAGCUCGGCGCGUUGCCCAAUGUGCAGCUGCUGGGCUACGUGCACGUGAGCUACUGCACGCGCAACCAGUCGGACGUCGAGCGGGACAUGGACGUGUACCGUGCGUGGAACGACGACCUCGUCGAGGGGGGCGCUGCCACGGACGAGCAGGCCGAAGAGGAGACCAAAGGGGAGACCAGAGAGGAGACCAAAGGGGAGACCAGAGAGGCCAGCGGCAGCCUGCGCGUCGACGGCAUCUUCUUUGACGAGACGCCCUGGGACCCGAGACACCAGGGCUACAUGGCGCGGCUGACGCGGUACGCGCGCAACGCCUGGGCGCAGCCGGCACCGGGCGGCGCCCCCGGGCGCGACGCCGUGCUGGCGCUCAACCCGGGCGUCGUCGUCGAGCCGCGCUGGUACGAGAACGUCGACUAUGUCGUCGUCUUUGAGCAGUCGGCCCAGCACUGGCACAACUACUUUGUCGGCAAGGGCCUGCCGCAGAUCCCGCACGCGCUGCGGCCCAAGUCGGUGGCCAUUGUGCACACGGUCAACAGCAGCAGCAGCAGCAGCAGCCCCAGGGCCUACGGCAACAUUCACAACGAGGCGGACGAGGCUUCCGCGCUGACGAAGCACAUAUGCUACCUCGGCCUCGGUGGCGCGUAUCUGACGGAUGAGGUCGAUGGCGGGUACACGAGAUGGCCCGCCAUGUGGGCGGCCCAGCUCGAGAUGCUGGCCAGAGCCAAUGGCGGUGGAAGCAGCAGCAGAAAGAACAGUACGAAGUGGAGCAAAGGCACUGCGCACCGGCAGUACCGGCCGCCGUCGCUGCCGUUGUCGUCGUCGUCGUCGCAGUAG